UCAAUAAAAAAAAAGUAAGAUUUGUCGAAAAUGGAGUACAAAAAUCUAUUUUCGCAUCUAUUUUAGAUAAAAUAUCUGAGAAAUCUUGCCAACAACUAGAUAUGUGUGAUAGAGCAUUUGCGAAAAACAAGUAUAGAAUCACCUCAGCGAAUCAAUGCCUCUUGACUGAUGUCCAGACCUCGUUCAACGCUCAAGUCUUACAACAAAGCAUUGUUUUGAUGGAUAGUGAUGAAACGAUCAGCAUUAAAGCGGAGCCCGACAUCCUCGAGGAGGGAAGCGUGAGCGUGCACCCGGCGCGGUGGAUCAGCGAGGUGGUUGUGGAGCCUACGUUCAGGCCUUCAUCAUCCACUGCUGGACAUAGGCCUUCAUCAUCCACUACUGGACUUAGGCCUUCAUUCGAGCACUCUGUCCUCAGCCUUCAUCAUCAAGCUAAUCAUCACUACUGGCAUAGCGUCCAACCAAUGGAGCCCAACAAGGUGUACCAGCUACCCACGCUGCUGCAGCCCGCGCCGCUCGCCUGCGAGUACCUGGAGCGGGGGCGGGGGGCGGAGCGGGGGGAGAGGGCGGAGAGGAUCGUCAUGCCUGACGGGAGAGAAAUCUCCCCCCGUCCCCUCCUGCCCAUGCCGGCGACGUUCCAGUGCGACAUCUGCCACCGCAAGUUCACGAGACAGUCGAACCUGGCGGAGCACACGCUGCGGCACGGCGGGGAGAGCUUCCAGUGCGAGGUGUGCCACAAGAAGUUCACUUGCGCCAGAUACCUGACCCGCCAUUCUCGCAUCCAUACCGACGACGGAAGCCCCAAAAAGGCCGAGUCCUCGCGACAACACAACAAACACAUCGACAAAGGAUACACGUGCACUUUCUGCGAGAAAAGUUUUAGCUGCAAAUCCCACCUGGUCGCACACACACGCAUACACACAGGUGAAAAGCCUUACGCGUGUGAUGUUUGCAACAAACUGUUCAACCACAAGUCGCAUCUAAACGCACAUACCCGCAUACAUACUGGUGAGAAGCCAUUUCAAUGUCGUAUAUGUCAGAAACCUUUUAGAGACCCGUCGAACUUGGCAGGCCAUAUGAGAGUGCAUAAUGGGUUAAAGCCAUUCGCGUGCGCUGUUUGCAGUGAAGAGUUUACGCAUUCUUCUAUGCUGAAAAAGCAUGAGAAGUUACACGCGGACCAUAAGGUUUUUCCGUGUGAAAUCUGCGGUAAAGUACUAACUGAUAACUCUAAAUUGAAAAACCACAUGAAGACUCAUGCUGAGAAGAGUAUGUGUACUGUUUGCAAUAAAAGUUUUACGCCUAGAAAGAGUGCUAUAAAGGAUUUGGCGUGUCCGGAUUGCACCAGAGAGUAUGGGGAGAGGAUUAAGCUGGAUAGAGGUGAUAAUGGGUCGUUUAUGAUUUAUACUGUCAGCGGGCAAUAGAGCUUAAAUGAUUGUUUGGUUUUGUUUAUGACUCUUGACAUAAAACAUAGGCCUUUUUUAAGUUAGCGUGUUGGUGACACACUAGAGCUGAGGGUUUGUCAGUUGCUAACAGCCCCAUUAUCUAUUUGAAAAGCAAGUCUACUUUGAAGAGAGUUUUGACUAUGUUUCAUUGAAAUCGGUUCAGCCGUUCCUUUUUCAUUAUUGUCGGGGGUUUUUAACUUCAGCUUAACGUUUAAUCUACGCCUACGCCUUCUAUCUAAAUGUGCCAUUUGGAUCUCGACGGCAUGUCGUUUGCCGCCAGAUGGCACCUUUAUUCUUAAUUAAUAAUGCUAUGCUUCCGUUUAAGUUGUAAAUAAGUGAUGGUAAUUAAAUGUUGCCAUAGAAUGAGUAAAGUUAUUUAUAAAAUACACAGUUAUUCUUCAGCUAUCAUGAUAAUUUAGAUUCUAAGUAUGUAUUGGUUGUUACUUUUUAUCUUUUGGCAUUAGACAAUAUGCUAUUCAAGAAAUUUCUCCGAUAGUACUUAUAACAACAUUUAACGGCAAUGGCUAAAAUUUUGACGGAUAGUAUCAUGGAAGUAAU